AUGAUGAUGAUGAUGAUGAUGAUGAUGAGCUCUUCAUCGCUUCAUCGUUGCAGCCACCGUCUAAAACAAUUCUGCAUUUUUCUUUGUAAAUUAUUUGGUACGAAUUUAGUACGUGUCCAAUCGGUUUUGAGUUUCAAAAUUGAGAAAAGCAGUACAAAAAAUGAAUUGACAGAGACAAAAACAUGCCAAAGAUAUGAAUUUUACGGCUUUUAUAAGAAUAAAUACGUUUCUCACGACAUGAUAGAAAUAGGCAUGGGAAAAAAUAAAUUACGGUACUACUAUCUCCAUUGCGACACAAUGAUGCUCUCUACCGUUGCGUAUUGAUUACUAAUACCAAGAAUCGAAUUCGACGCCUAUGGUCAUUUACGCUGUCACGUUGGCAGGCAAAUUCUGUUGUGACAGCGUGAAUUUCUACGGGAGUUGUUGAGAUUCUAAGAAGUACCUACCUAUGCCCGAAGGUUUCUUUUCGCAAAUUACUAUGCAAGAACCAUCAAAUAAAUCAUCUCUACUUCUGCGACUGAUAGCUUUUGAGAAAAAAUACUAACGAACUCGAAGAAACGGCUCCACUUUUGAAGAAACCUUUAAACGCGACGCUGCUUUUGCCGAAUGCCUCAAAAGAUCAAUUGUCAGUAGUUAGGAGAUGUUGAACGUAAAAAUAUGCAACCACACGCACCUUUCAGCCCAAUGGUAUUUUAUCGCAUAGAAAUUUGGUUUCGAAAAUUUACAAAAAAUAAAUAGCACUACUAACUUACACAACGUACAAGGGGCACCUGGUUCGGUUGAUGUUCUAAACCUCAAAUGUAGUUUUUUUUCAUAAAGAUUGACAAAGCGCUUUCUUUCGGCCAUGAUCUUUAUGCGGCCAUAAUCUGUAUCAGAAUGAACCUCGGGGGCGAAUGAAUAAAAUUCAGAACAUUUAUUCGAUAUAUCUUUCACGAAAGAGGAAAUAGAUUUUGUAUUUUGAAUUGCUUGAAAAACUAUAUGAAAAUAGACAUUAAAUAGAGAUACUCAAGCGGAAAAAUUUUGAGGCUGGCCUUCCAUGUGCGUUAGGGCUAAAAUGUUGCUGAUGUACCAUGGAGAGGCACGAUUUUUCUCUACUCUUGUUUCUUCUCUACAACUACAACAAGUUCGCUGGUGGAAAAAUACAACUCAAUUUAGCUCCUGCAAAGAAGUUAGAUAAUGACUCUAGAACUACCAGCUGAGGACUUGUUUUCAGAAAAAUUUUCUACUAUAUGCAAAAUCAUUUCUAUUUCGUUAAUAUUUUUGCAGAAUGUUUGCAGAAGCUGUUACCUUUUUUUCGCAAUUCAAUUUACAAAAUCUUUCGUUCAACAAGCAAAGCACGACUUUUGAUGAUCGAGAAAGAGCUGCUGAAGAUAUUAUGGCCACUCCGUUCUUCAAAGACCGAACACCGCUUCCGACUCGAUCAAUUGUUAGCUCCUUUCGUCCCCGAGAUUGAAUUACCUUCUUUGCCUGCGAAACCACAAGCCUAUCCAGUCCUUUACUAGGCCAUUUUUCAGAUUGCAGACCUCUUUCUCGCUACGUAUUUAUUAGUACGCCUUGAAUUCUUUGAUUCUGAUUAUUUUCUAUUGCUCGAUUGCUUUUGCUUGAUGAUUUCUACUAUAUGAAACCACGACCUUUGAGUUGAUGUUGAUCUCUACAAUUGUUUCGGAUUACCAAAACUUUCGCGCUCCAUCUGCUGAAGAAAAUUUGCUGAAAUGUACAUCCUACUCCUUCGCUUUGACUACUGACUUUUGAUCUACUAAAGCUUACUGAAUUUGAUGUUCCUGGAAUGCAAAUCAUGCUGUGGUUUUUUAAUACUAUGAAAUUCGGUUCUGCUGUUGAAGUUGUGAUUAUGUGCGUCCCAAGUAGAUGCACUGGUGAUCUCUUGGACGUUUGAACAGACGAGAUGCUCGAAAAAUCUAUUCUGCAAAGGAACUACAAUAUCUUGAGAACUCUUUUGCUUUUCUGCUUCAACACGACCCGAUACUUGUGUCCGAGUAAGCCAAUGCGAGUGAGUCGUGCAGGCUCAGCUAUCGCAGAGGCCUGCUGCCGGCGCGACGAGUGCGUUGCUUUAGGUUUGGUUUUUCUAUCGGGCGCUGUUCUAAGUACGUGUUUGUAUGAUCACACCAACGUGAUAUCUUUUCCGCGCCCGCGCAAUCAUCGGCGCUGGCACUCUCUCUUGUCGU